AUGAGACCUGACACAUGUGCUGAAACCAACAAAAAAGUUAGUGCUAUGAAUUUCUAUUCAUACAGACUCAUGAUCCGUCAAGGUGAAGUAAAUCAUAUUUUGAUGUAUCAAAGACUUUUUCAUCAGUUUGCAGUCGACAUGUAUGUCAAAAUUGAGACUGAACGAUUGACAUACAUCCGUUUGAACCAACGACAGCUACGAUCAGAGGAAUACAUUCAUCUCCGUGAUUCUAUAAAUGCGGAUGGCAAUGUGAAUAAUGAUGCUAUGUCAUAUGUUAGGCAUUAUGGCCGCCCAGACUUAUUUGUUACAUUCACAUGUAACCCUAAAUGGUCCGAAAUCAAGAGGGAAUUGCUAUAUAGCCAAACACCAGUUGAUAGACAUGACAUAACUGCCAGAGUUUUUAAACAAAAAUUAAAAUCUCUCAUGAAUUUCUUAAUAAAGCAUUGUGUGUAUGGCCGAGUCCGUUGUUGGAUGUAUUCUGUAGAAUGGCAAAAGCGUGGAUUGCCACAUGCGCACAUAUUAAUCUGGUUAGUGGACAAAAUAAGGCCAAAUGAGAUUGAUUCCAUAAUUUCAGCUGAAAUCCCACAUGAAACAGUUGACCCAAAAUUGCAUGCAGUAUUUACCAAACACAUGAUACAUGGACCUUGCGGACUUUUCAACUACAAUUCACCAUGUAUGGUCGACGGCAAGUGUUCCAAGCGAUACCCAAGAGACCUGCUUGCUGAAACCAUAACGGGAAAUGAUGGAUACCCAUUGUAUCGUCGGCGAUCAGUUGCGGAUAAUGGGCGAUCGGUAGUUGUGAAGGUAAGAGGACAAAAUGUUGAUGUGGACAAUCGUUGGAUUGUGCCAUACUCGCCAAUAUUGUCCAAAGCUUUUGAGAGUCACAUCAAUGUAGAAUAUUGUAACUCUGUGAAGUCGGUAAAGUACAUAUGUAAAUAUGUUAACAAAGGUAGCGAUAUGGCUGUCUUCCCUGUAACCAAUGCAAAUGAUGAAAUAUCACAGUACCAGAUGGGUCGCUAUCGUCGAAAACAAGGAAUGCCAGUUGAAGGACAUCCAAAUGUAUUUUCUUCAGACGCUCUGGGUCGCAUCUACACAGUACAUCCAAAUAACGAUGAAUGUUAUUAUUUGCGGUUGUUGUUGGUGAAUGUUCGUGGUCCGAUAUCGUUUAAACAACUGAGAACAGUUAAUGGACAGCUGUGUGCGACUUACCGUGAGGCAUGUCAACUAUUGCAUUUACUUGAGAACGAUUCGCACUGGGAUGAUACGCUCAAGGAUUCCGUAAUAUCUUCAUCGCCGCAUCAAAUUCGUACAUUGUUUGCGAUUAUCAUAUCGACAUGUUUCCCCUCGAAUCCAAAAGAUUUGUGGGUUAAGUAUAGAGAUGACAUGUCUGAGGGUGUUUUGCAUCGUGUGCGCCGUCAAACUUUGAAUCCUACACUACAAAUGACUACAGAAAUUUACAAUGAGACAUUGAUCAUGAUAGAAAAUAUGUGUUUAUUGAUGGCAAAUAAAGUAUUGUCGUGUUUGGGAAUGACAGCACCAAAUCGUCAUAUGCACGAUGCAUUAAACCACGAGUUGCAAAGAGAACAACAGUACGACAUUGAAGCAUUGGCCGAAACAGUUCGUACAAAUGUUCCACAAUUAAAUCAACAACAAAAAAUUGCGUACAACACUUUGAUAGAAGCUGUGAACAGUGGAUCUGGUGGAAUUUAUUUCCUUGAUGCUCCCGGAGGAACCGGAAAAACGUUCUUAAUUUCAUUGCUUUUGGCGAGGAUCAGAUAG